CCAGUUCCAGUGAUAUGGGGCUUUACUGGAAAUUGUGCUUCAUACUCGAUUCAUGCAUCAGAGCCUCAGUGUCAUAACAGCUCCAGAGACACUGACACCAUCAACAGACAAGGAUCAUGGGAAAUACGUACACAGUGCCAAAGAGAAAUAUUGUCCUUAUUGGAAACACAGGAAAUGGCAAAAGCAGCAUUGGGAAUAUGAUUCUUAGAAAAACUGUAUUCAUCACUAAAGCAUCAGCUAAUUCUGUUACAACUCAAUGUCAGAGAAAUGAGAACAUGGUUAGUAAAAAACAAAUUACAGUUAUCGACACACCUGAUUUUUUUGACAUAGAGGAUGGCAAGGAGGAGGAGAUGAAAUCUGAGAUCCUCAGAGCUCUGAUUGAUUGCGCGGAAGGCAUUCACACCUUUAUCAUUGUCCUAAAGGUUGGAAGAUUCACAAAAAAUGAAAAAAAGAUGGUGCAACAACUUCUGAACUCAUUGACAGAGGAUGCCUUGAAACACACACUGAUCUUAUUCACUUUUGGUGAACAACUAGAAGGCCAGACCAUUGAAGAAUUUGUGAAGACCAAUUCACAAUUAAAAGAGCUGGCUGAUAAAUGUGGAGGUCGCUGUCACGUCAUCGACAAAUACUGGAAUAGAAAAAAAAAGGAAAAACAGGUGGAAAAAAUACUGAAAACCAUUGAUAAAAUGGUGGAAAAAUACAACUGCUACAGCAAUGAUCUACUUAGAGAGGUGGAUAAGCAAAUUAAAAAAGAAAUAAUUGCAGGAUUACGUGAUGAAGAAGCAAAGUACACAUUUUACAUAGCAUUUCUGAGGUGGGCUGCAAGAAUAACAACAUUGGUACUGGUUGAUGCUUUUCUAGGUGCUCGUGAUGAAGGAGUUUCAGAACUAAUUUCUGAUUUCAGAAAAUUUAGAAAGUAUUGCAAAAACCGCUCUGGGUCCAGAUCCGGUUCAUUGUGUCGGAAGAGUCACUGGGGGUGCUUUUAAAGGAGCUGUUCGUGGAGUUUUUUCUGGAUGGAAUGCAAAAGAUUCUUAUUCAGAACUGACACCACCAGCAAUGCAGCGACGACCAGCUUUGAGAAAGCUAUAACUUUAAUGAAUGAUGCACAAACAAAUAUGCUCAAGAAAAAAUAAACUCAUUUUUGAAUAUAAAAACAUUAAUGAAUAUCAAAUAAAAUAAAACAUAGUAUAAGACAUAAUUUUCAGUUUUAUCAAUUAGUGGCAGCAUUAAAAGUUACGGAAUAACUGCGAAUCAAAAGUGCCAUUUAAAUAAAAUUCCUUUCAGUUGACAUUAAUCUAAAUAAAGUUGUAUAAUGCAUGUUUUUAUGCCAAUUUAGCCACACAUGUAGCAGUUUCAUGUAAGGAUUCAUUUAGCAUA